GGGAGCAGAGGUGAUCUCACACUCAUCAGCACAGGAUAACACAACCAUGAUGGGUUGACUUGGGGGGGGGAGGCGGUUGGAGAGAGGAAGUGUGCAUUCGCCACCACUUGCUCAGCUAUGGAGACCAACAAAGUUCUUCAUUUCGUGCCUUCGGAGGCGCCUCCCUCUGGGAUGUCCAAGAAUGGAUACUUCUUUCAAGAAAUGGAGCAGCGGGAGGCGGAGCAGGAGGAGGGCAGCGAGGGCCGAGAGGAGGGACAGGACUCGCCGAUCGCCUGCGGAGAUGACAUCCACCUCUACGACAACCAGAUCAGCCCUGGGCCAGAUACUGACGACUCUGGUUGUGUGCUGCUGAACACAUCAAGAAGGUAUGUGAAACUGAUGAACUUUGAGGAAGAGGUUCGGGCACACCGGGACCUGGAUGGCUUCUUGGCAAGGGCCAGUAUCCUGCUCGAUGAGACGGCCGCCUCCCUGGACGACGUUCUGAAGAGAAUGUUGCACCAUGUGGGCCAGGACAGCCACGCGUCCGAGCCCGGCUGCAACUUCGAGGAGGUGAUGAGCAUGCUUUUCACAGAUGCAGGCGCACAGGAGGUCAACGUUCACCUGCUGUCAGAGACGAUCCAGGGGGUGACAGCCACCGCAACCGGGGUCCAGUACCAACAGUCCUGGCUCUGCAUCCUCUGCAACGUGAAGCAUCUCCAGAGGCGUCACGUGUGCAUCUCCCGCCUGGAGAGGCCGCAAAACUGGGGAGAGAACUGCUGCGAGGUCCGCUAUGUCAUCCUGAUACUGGCCCCACUCAAAAUGAAAAGCACCAAGACGGCGAUGGAGCUGGGCAGGACGUUUGCCACCCUCUUCUCUGACAUCUCCUUCAGGCAGAAGCUGCUGGAGACGAAGACGCAGGAGGAGUUUAAGGAGGCGCUGGUUUUCCAGAGGCACCAGCUGACAGCAACCAACCAGCAGCCCACUGCCCUGGGGAAGGAGGAGACCGACCCCCGCAGCCACAAGCCCCUCAAGUGUAAAGAUUUCUUCAAAGCCGGCCGGGGGAUUUACGAGGACCUGUGCCGCAGACUGCCUUUCUACCCCUCUGACUUCACAGAUGGGAUAGUUGGCAGUAAUAAAACCCUGCUGAAGUACAUGACCACAGCCAUCUUCCUCUACAUUGCCAUCCUCCUCCCUGCCAUCGCUUUCGGCUCCCUCAAUGACGAGAGCACACGUGGGGAGAUCGAUGUUCGGAAGACCAUCAUCGGCCAGAGCAUCGGUGGGGUCAUCUACUCGUUGUUCGCCGGAUCUCCCUUAGUCAUCCCUCUUACCACAGCUCCCCUUGCCAUCUUCAUCAGCGUGAUCCGAGGAAUCUGUGACGACUACAACCUGGACUUCCCAGCUUUCUACGCCUGCAUCGGCCUGUGGAACUGCCUCUUCCUCAUCCUGGGAGGAAUCUUCAAUGUCAGCCUGCUCAUGAAGCUCUUCAAAAGGUCGACAGAGGAGGUCAUCGCCCUGUUCAUUUCCAUCGCAUUUGUGGUGGAUGCAGUGAAAGGAACAGUGAAAAUCUUUCACAGAUACUACCAUGCCCCAACGCUGGAUAACAGAAGCAUGGAGGACUUCCCUCGGGGCGGAGACCUGUUGGGAGGAAACAGGAGCGAAGUGGCAGCGGGGUUAGGUCUCAAUGCCCUCCCUGAAUCCCUCAUCCAGUGUACUCGAGAGAGACCUGUCCUCUGCCUCCUGCUGAUGCUCGGGACAUUAUGGAUGGGCUACACCCUCUACCAGUUCAAAAGGAGUCCGUUCCUGCAUGCCAAAGUGAGGGAGGUGCUGUCGGACUGCGCCCUGCCGAUCUCAGUGCUCAUGUUCUCCUUCAUCGGCUCCUACCUUUUCAGUGACAUUGAGCUUCCAGUCUUUAAAGUUCACGACCGGCCCAUCUUCAAUGUGGCUCCGUUUGAGCGUCUGUCAGCCAUGAACGUUGUGAGCGCCAUGGGCCUCGGCUUCCUCCUGGCCCUCCUCAUCUUCAUCGACCAGAACAUUGUUGUCUCUCUGACCAAUGCACCAGAGAACAGGCUGCUGAAGGGCACGGCGUAUCACUGGGACCUGAUGCUCUCUGGGCUCAUUAACAUACUGAUGUCGGUGCUGGGGUUGCCCUGGAUGCACGCCGCCUUCCCCCACUCCACCCUCCAUGUGCGCCAGCUGGCGUUCGUGGAGCAGCGCGUGGAGGGGGGGCACCUCUACGAGACUAUUGUCCAGGUGAAGGAGACCCGGCUGACGUCUCUGGCUGCCAACAUCUUCAUCGGUGUGUCGGUGCUGCUGCUGCCCGUCCCACUGCAGUGGAUCCCCAAACCCGUCCUGUACGGCCUCUUCCUCUACAUCGCCCUCACCUCCAUCGACGGAAACCAGAUGUGCGACCGCAUGGCUCUCCUCCUCAAGGAGCAGACGUCUUACCCACCUACCCACUACAUCCGCAAAGUGCCCCAGAGGAAGAUCCACUACUUCACCUUCCUGCAGAUGAUGCAGCUGCUGGUGCUGUGUACGUUUGGCAUGUACCCGAUACCGUACAUGAAGAUGAUCUUCCCUCUGCUCAUGAUCCUGCUAAUCCCAAUCAGGAACAACGUGCUUCCUCAUAUCAUUGAGGCCAAAUACUUGGACAUAAUGGAUGCCCAACACAUGUAGCUACAGAUGGAGAUGAGCUCUGGCACCACAGAAAGACAUCUGGAAUAAAAAAUAAAAAAUAGAAAUGAGGAUUUAAAAAACAUAUUUUUCAAUGCAAAACUGUACCGGAAGCAAAAAGGAGAAAUACCGACUGUUUUGAUUUUUGUAUCUGAUAAGAACAUACUUACAGGUGACGCACUGGAAAUGUGGGAAGUCAUGUGAGGAAGAGAGAUGGGAGCCGUGGGAAAUAUUUUCCAAACGUGGACAGACAGUAUCUCUCUGGGGAAUUAAAGAAAAAAAAAAAAACAGGACUGUCCAGAACUCCCUGUUUCACCUCCGUUU